GCUCUGAGGCUAAGAGCGAGCGGGGAAGGAGGGCAGUGGCCGGCGGCCGAGCCUUGCGAGGAGCAGCCGCCUGCCGUCAACACCGAGGGACCAUCCCACCCCACCGCCACCACACACGAACACACACCCAGGAGCCGGCGGCGGCGUGUGCGUGUGGCCCGGGUGCGGGCGGCGGCGCGGGAGUAGCGCGGAGCGGCAGCCGGUUGGGGCGGGUGGCAUCAUGGACGAGAAGGUGUUCACCAAGGAGCUCGACCAGUGGAUCGAGCAGCUGAACGAGUGCAAGCAGCUGUCCGAGUCCCAGGUCAAGAGCCUCUGCGAAAAGGCUAAAGAAAUCCUGACAAAAGAAUCCAAUGUGCAAGAGGUUCGAUGUCCAGUCACCGUCUGUGGAGAUGUGCACGGGCAAUUUCAUGAUCUCAUGGAACUGUUUAGAAUUGGUGGCAAAUCACCAGAUACAAAUUACUUGUUUAUGGGAGAUUAUGUUGACAGAGGAUAUUAUUCAGUUGAAACAGUUACUCUACUUGUAGCUCUUAAGGUUCGUUACCGUGAACGCAUUACUAUUCUUCGAGGAAAUCAUGAGAGCAGACAGAUCACACAAGUAUAUGGUUUCUAUGAUGAGUGCUUAAGGAAAUAUGGAAAUGCAAAUGUUUGGAAAUACUUUACAGAUCUUUUUGACUAUCUUCCUCUCACUGCCUUGGUGGAUGGACAGAUCUUCUGUCUACAUGGUGGCCUCUCACCAUCUAUAGAUACACUGGAUCACAUCAGAGCACUUGAUCGCCUACAAGAAGUUCCCCAUGAGGGUCCCAUGUGUGACUUGCUGUGGUCAGAUCCAGAUGACCGUGGUGGUUGGGGUAUAUCUCCCCGGGGAGCUGGUUACACCUUUGGGCAAGAUAUUUCUGAGACAUUCAAUCAUGCCAAUGGCCUCACGUUGGUGUCUAGAGCCCACCAGCUGGUGAUGGAGGGAUAUAACUGGUGCCAUGACCGGAACGUAGUAACAAUUUUCAGUGCUCCAAACUAUUGUUAUCGUUGUGGUAACCAAGCUGCAAUCAUGGAACUUGAUGAUACUCUAAAAUACUCUUUCUUGCAGUUUGAUCCAGCUCCUCGCAGAGGCGAGCCACAUGUUACUCGUCGUACCCCAGACUACUUCCUGUAAUGAAAUUUUAAACUUGUACAGUAUUGCCAUGAACCGUAUAUUGACCUAAUGGAAAUGGGAAGAGCAACAGUAACUCCAAAGUGUCAGAGAAUAGUUAACAUUCAAAAAACUUGUUUUCACACGGACCAAAAGAUGUGCCAUAUAAAAAUACAAAGCCUCUUGUCAUCAACAGCCGUGACCACUUUAGAAUGAACCAGUUCAUUGCAUGCUGAAGCGACAUUGUUGGUCAAGAAACCAGUUUCUGGCAUAGCGCUAUUUGUAGUUACUUUUGCUUUCUCUGAGAGACUGCAGAUAAUAAGAUGUAAACAUUAACACCUCGUGAAUACAAUUUAACUUCCAUUUAGCUAUAGCUUUACUCAGCAUGACUGUAGAUAAGGAUAGCAGCAAACAAUCAUUGGAGCUUAAUGAACGUUUUUAAAAAUAAGUACCAAGGCCUACCCUCUACUUGUGAGUUUUGAAAUCGUUUUGUUUAUUUUCAGGGAUACCGUUUAAUUUAAUUGUAUGAUUUGUCUGCACUCGGUUUAUUUCCCUUCUUAAAUCUCAGCCUCAUGUUGUUCUUUGUUAUUGUCAGGACCUGGUGAGUUGAACAGAACUGUUUCCCUCCCCCUGCCCCCCACCCAUAAGACGAUGUUACUGCACAAGAGCACUGCAGUGUUUUUCAUAAUAAACUUGUGAACUAAGAACUGAGAAAGUCAAAUUUCAAUUGUAUAAAUGGGCAAGAUGGUGCUGUUUAUUUAAAAGAUACAUAAAUUUUAGAACUUUUAGAAUUCUAGGUAAAGAACAAUAAAAAUCAAGCCCACUACAUAAUCUCUCUGGUUACUUCUUGACAUUACUUUGAUGAAUUUCAGGAUUUAGUUUUUGUCUAGAUGGUAUAGUUUGUUAGAUUGCCCUGUGUGCUUUUCAGGGGUUCUUCCUGCAUAUUAACAUGUGUGCAAAAAGGAAUUGUGUGUUACUUCAAUAGGAUCUGACUGUAAAAUCACAUAAUUGAGAUUUAUGGUUUGGGGGUUUUGUUUUAAUAAAGUAGCAUGUUUUCUGGUAGAGCUUAAUUGAAUGUCUGCUUAGCAAUCAGUGCGGUUUCUGGUUAUAAAUAUGACAUUGCUGUGUAUGUUACAUGGACUUUUUAAAGUGAUUGACAGGUUGGCAAGUUCUUAGCACUUAUUUGUACAUUAUUUGUCAUGUGAUCUUAGAGUUACAUUUGUCUCAGAUAAGAUAAUCUGUUAAGCAUUAUUGUGUAUCAAGCUCCUUUUAAGUGAUACCAGUUGAACCAAAUAGAAAAUUCUUGCUGGAUCGUG